AUGGCGAGGGGAAUAGCGCGGGCGGCGUCGUUCGGCGGCCGCGCGACUGCGGCGGGGUGGUUCUCGUACCGGCGCAUCACCGUGGCCGUCUGCCUCGCCAACCUCGUCGUCGCGCUGCUCGUGCUCCGCUCCCUCACCUCCUUCGCCCCCGGGCCCAAACGGGUUGAGGUGGUGCAGUACACGGAGGAGCAGAUUAGGAGGGUGGAGGAGUCGAUCCGGAUUCGCCGCGAGGCCGAGCCCGUCGAGCUCGUCCAGGCGGUGAAGAAGCUGCAGAAGGUUUUUGCACGGGAGGAGAAAAGGCGGAAGGAGCUGCCUCUCGAGCUGAAGCUGAGGGUAUCGUAUGAGCUUGUGGGGCGGCUGAACAAGCUAGGGGAUAACGGCAGUGCCAUCCAGCAACGAGAAGCUUUGGAAUCAUGGCGUGUUGAGACGCUAAAAGAUGCAAAAAGUGCAUCUACACAGAAUUCAUCAAAUUUGGGCCUCUCCAGUGAGGAAGCACGAUUGUUAAAGCGAGCCCUGGAGUUCAACUGGCAUGGGCUAUUGGAGGAUAUUGGUCUUUGGAUUUCACCAGAAGUCCCACACACCGAGCAUGAUGACAAACCUGAGAAUGAACCAGAAGAAGAAGAAAUAAUAGCUGGUCCACCUUUGCAUCCACAAUGCAACACUGAGCUACAUGCCGAUUAUGGUGGCGCUGCUGUGAGAUGGGGAUUAACGCACCACAAAGAAUCUGCUGCUGAUUGUUGUCAAGCAUGUCUAGACCAGGCUAGGAAUGCCAAGCCAGGUGAAUUGAAGUGCAAUAUAUGGGUAUAUUGCCCAUCAGAGUUUGGUUGCUAUUCACCAGAUAAAUAUGAGCAUAAACAUCAGGAGUGCUGGUUGAAACAGGCUGACCAGCCUAAACUGAACUUCAAAGACAAGUAUUCCGAGUCUUACAGAGAUUCUCAUCCGAGAGCCCCUGUUGUUGUGCCCUGGAUGUCAGGUGUCACCAGCGCGUGA